CACGCCGACGUGGAAAUGAUCUAGAAUGCGGCCCGGGGGCGGCGAAUUUUUAAGGGCGACGCAAGGCUGACAUGCAACCGCGUGCCUCGCAUCCGGCCCGACGGCGGCCGUAAGGACGACGCCGGAUAAACGUGAGCCAGCGGCGCGUUGCGCUGACGUGAGGCUUCCCUCCACUAACGCGCGGCGAACGAUCGCUUGGCGAUCGAGGAUGACGGUCGUCGUUGACAUCGGCACCAGCACGGCCAGCACGGCGACGAUCCUCAAGACCACGACGAGGGCGACGUCGGUCGCCAAUUUUCGGAUCGGUCUCACGUGCUCGCGUACCGCUUAGAGUCAUCGAUAUGACAUUAGGGCUGCGAACGGUCGCGUAAGGGGACACCGAGUUUCGAGAAGAUCGCAAGAUCCGGGGGAGAGUGCGGUGAGAGGGGGCGGACACGGACACGGAGGUCCCAGGCAGCGCCAGCUGAUCGCUGAUAAAUAACAACGGGACGCGCGGCAUGUCCCUCGUCAUUAAUUAAUUAAUAACCGCGCGUUCACGUCUCACGUUGACAAUUUGUGGGUGAUCGUCCCUGGGACUACGAUAGAGCGGCUCGUUGGCAAGAUGGCAUGUCCAAUCUCUAAAUCCUUCAAACUGACCAACAGGAACGAUAGCAAGACCGCGGGGAUCAGGCAGGAUGAGCGGGGCGUCAAGCCCGACCGGCAGUCAUCGGUUCAGAUAACGUCGUCGCUUUUAGGAGAGGAUGGUGACGACCUUGAGGACACACAGACACUUAACCUGAAGCACCUAAGAGCCGCGGUGACCCUCUUGACUAACCCUUCGAACGAAGUGCUGGUUAUGGCGCUAGAAGCUCUAUUAAAUAAGCACGAAGUACCUCUUCCAACGUCGACAACAUCGUCUUUAGAAACGCUUCUCAAUAAUGUUGGAAAGGAGGAAAACUAUAAUUUGCUGGAAGACAUUUACGAGACCCUAAAUUACGAUUGUGACGACGGCGUGGACGCGUUUUUCGAUCAUCUCGGGCAGGAGCUGAUCACAUGGGCUUGCGUGGGUCUCUUGGAGCGGGCCUUUCGUUGCCUUGGGAACGAUCUGACCGCUUUCCUGACCACACUCGACGGCGUAAACGACGUUGUCCAGCAUCAGUCGGGAUCGGAUACCGAGGCGGAGUUCGUGUGUAUCGCCACACCGGAAGCGCUGGAGCUACACUUCACCACCGACCACCCUUCCAUCGCCUAUCUUCUGGUGGGCAGCCUGAAGGGCAUAGCCAGGCAGUUCUAUAAUGACAAAGCCAAUGUGUAUAUACUGCCGGAUCCCUACAAUACCAAAUUUUUUAGAUACCGGAUUACUCCGGAGCGUUACAGCGAACCGCCGGGCGUAGACGACGACUGCGACGUGGUGUCGUCCACUUUCCGUCCACUCUCGACCGAAGCAACGGACCUUCGUAUGGGGGUAGCGAGCUUUUGCAAGGCGUUCCCGUGGCACUUCGUCGUCGACCGCCAGCUGGAGCUCGUUCAGCUCGGCGUUGGCUUCAUGAAGAUUUUCGGACACCACUUGAACCGACUCGGCAGGGAGAUAUCGACAUAUUUCGUCUUCACGCGACCCCACGGCGUCACUCUGACCUUUCACGAGAUCCUCAAGCGCGCGAACACACCGUUCAUUUUGACCCUACGGAGACCGCACGACGUCGAUAAAUAUCCCGCGGAGGGCCUGGAGAUGAAGGGCCAGAUGGUACACUGUCCGGAAUCAGACUCGAUUUUAUUCGUCGGCUCACCGUUCUUGAACGGUUUGGAGGGCUUGACGGGUCGGGGGCUCUUCAUUUCCGAUAUCCCUCUUCACGACGCUACGAGGGACGUUAUACUCGUCGGCGAGCAAGCUAGGGCACAGGACGGCUUAAGGAGACGUAUGGACAAAUUGAAGAAUUCUAUAGAAGAAGCUAACCUGGCGGUUGAUGCGGAAAGAGAAAAGAAUGUCAGCCUUUUACAUCUUAUAUUUCCGCCGGAUAUUGCGAAACGUCUGUGGCUGGGAGAGACAAUCGAGGCGAAAACGUAUCCGGACGUCACGAUGCUGUUUAGCGACAUAGUCGGAUUUACAUCUAUCUGCGCUACGACAACCCCGAUGAUGGUUAUCAACAUGCUUCAAAAUCUGUACGAGCAAUUUGACCUUUACUGCGGUCAGUUGGAUGUGUAUAAGGUAGAGACAAUCGGCGAUGCCUACUGCGUUGCAUGCGGCCUUCAUCGAAAUACCAAUACACAUGCACAACAAAUUGCUUGGAUGGGCCUAAAGAUGAUACAAACGUGCUCUCAUCACCUGACUCACGAAGGCAAGCCAAUAAAGAUGCGCAUCGGCAUUCACACCGGGAUGGUGCUGGCAGGCGUCGUGGGCAAGAAGAUGCCGAGAUACUGUCUCUUCGGACACAACGUCACGUUGGCGAAUAAAUUUGAAUCCACGAGCGAGCCACUUCGCGUCAACGUCAGUCCGACUACGUACCUGUGCUUAAUACAAAAAUCGGGAUUCAUAUUGGAACCGCGGACCAAGGACAAUCUACCCAAGGGAAUGCCGGCCGAUGAAUCGGGCACGUGUUACUUUCUGAACGGGUACCAGCACGGCGGCGUCAGCGCGAGCGAAUCUCUCGACGCGCACAUUCAAGCUGCAAUUACGGAAUUCGGAAUCAGUAGCAAUAUGUAGAUACCUUCCGACACGGGGACGUUUGCCGUUGAUCAGUGUGUUACUUUAACGAUAUUACCGUCGAUAAUAGCGAUGGCACACCCGACACUAUCGGAUCGAUCGAUGUAUAUGAGCUCUCAAAGCUGGCACUAAAGGUACAUUGAAAGCAUGGCGCUAAUUGUGUACGCGAACACGUUGAAAGAGAUCCUGUGCGGAUAUCUACUAUUUAUACGCAGAGUCUUAGGUUGUAAUCAUUAUAUACCUACUAAAUAUAAGAAGCAAGUAAAACUCUACUAUGGAAUCUA